AUAUGAAUACAUUCCCUCUUAAGCCAUGCUCUUUCUUUGCCGUUGCACAGAUUUUGAGUCACGGCUUCUACGUCGUAUCUUUGAUUUUACGGAGCAAAUACGCAGUGGGAGUUACAUUUGUGACAGUUAUCGGGCUGUCAUGGAGCGCUGGCGGGGCAGAGUGGCUCUGGUGUCCGGAGCCUCGGUCGGGAUUGGGGCGGCUAUAGCCGUAGAGUUAGUCCGGCUCGGCAUGAAAGUGGUGGGCUGUGCCAGGGACGUCGGAAAGAUUCAGAAACUGGCAGCAGAGUGUCAGAGCGCCGGCCACCCUGGUGUUUUGGUUCCUUUCAAGUGUGACUUGAGCAAAGAGGAGGAGAUUCUGGCCAUGUUUGCAGCGAUCAAAGAGCAGCACAAAGGUGUGGACGUGUGCAUCAACAACGCUGGCUUAUCUCAUCCAGAACCUCUGCUAAAUGGCAAAACCAGCAGCUGGAAGAACAUGAUGGAUGUGAACAUCCUUGGGUUGAGUAUUUGCACGCGUGAGGCGUAUCAGUCAAUGAAAGAGAGAAACGUGGAUGAUGGGCACAUCAUAAACAUAAACAGUAUGUCCGGUCAUCGUGUACUUCCCAAUGCAACUACACAUUUCUACACCGCCACCAAGUUUGCUGUAACCGCUCUGACUGAGGGCCUGAGGCAAGAACUGCGUGCAGAAAAAACUCAUAUCCGAGCCACGAGCAUUUCUCCUGGUUUAGUGGAGACUGAAUUUGGUCCACGGCUCUUCAAAGACGAUCCUGAUAAGGCUGCUGGUCUAUACUCAGAAUAUAAGCCUCUGGAAGCAAAAGAUGUUGCCAGUUCUGUUGUAUAUGUGCUCAGUGCCCCUCCUCAUGUUCAGAUUGGAGACAUUCAGAUGCGAGGGACAGAGCAGGUGUCUUAGAGCUGCACCACAAGACCCUCUCAAAUUAUACAAUGACAGAUUUCACUUCUUUACAACAUUUUAAAAGAUAAUGACUUGAUACGAUCAUGAAACAAUUUUAUGGUGUUGUUUUUUUUUUCACAAAUGUAUAAAAUAAAAAAACAAUCUUCAGGGGAAAUUUGUUGCAUUUCUUUUUUCUUUCUUUUUUUCCUUUCUUUUUUUAAAUUGCAUUAAGGGAAGUCUGAUUUUUAAUAAAAUCUUUAUCGUUUAAAAACCAUGUCUGAACCUUAAGUAUAAAUGUACUUGAGAAAUUAAGCAUUAGUAGUAUUAAUGAAGUAUAGCAAGAUAUGUAAGAUAAUUGUAAAAAUUUUAGAAAAAGAAAAUGCAAAAAUCAAUAGAAAAUAUAUUUAUGUAAUAUCAAUAAGUGACACAUCACAAAUACAUGUAAAUAAUUAAAUAAAAUGGUGAACCUACUGA